AUGUCCAGCUGCAAGUAUCAUACGCCUGAGGUGGCCAAGAAAGAUGCAGAGGUGAUGGCAGGCAUGUGUUGCACGGGGAGAGAGUGUGGCGAAUGGGAGCCCGUCAAGGAUUUCAGCGAGCUGCUGCGCGACGAGACGCUCAAGUAUCAGGAACGAGUUCAGAAGAUGGAGAGCAACCUCAAGCAGUCGAGUGGCGACAGCAUCCGCGCUCUGCGCAAGGUGAACGUGAACCUGUCGGAGGAGAUGCACUCGAUGCGACGCGUGUGCGCAGCGCUCGACGAGCAGUGCCGCGCCGCCAACAUGCGCGCGCAGUUCAAGGACGAGAUCAUUCGCGAGAUGCGGCGCCAGCUCAAGCAGGCCAAGGCGAAGCUAAAAGACACAACGGAGAUCACAAGCCUCAAGUCCAAGGACUACGUAAGUGGCGACGGCGAGUGCCCGCACGCGUCGGCCGUGUCGUACGACUCGGUGACGAUCGCGUGCGUGCGCGCACAGCCGCGGCGCAAGCGCGACGUGCCGCUGCGCGAUGCGUCGCUGCGGCCCUACGACUGCCGCUCGCCCGUCAACCUCUCUAACGACGAGUCCAUUAAUGUUGACUAG